AUGGAGUUUCUUGCUCGUUCUUCUCCAUCGGAAUCUACACUUUGGAACGAGCGAAUAGCUUCACUAAAAGGACUGACCGACAGACUGACACUUUUGAGAACGUUGCAUAUAAAGAUUGUGGAUAAACGGAUUGAGUUCAGUGUCGCCAUGAUUUGGGCACAGGCAGUCGUGUUCAGCGCCGCCCUCUCGGUGGUGUGGUCUGAUCUGGCGUUUCCACCUGGUUUCAAGUUCGGGGCAGCCACAGCUUCUUAUCAGGUUGAAGGAGGAUGGAAUGAAGAUGGUAAGAGCGAAAGUAUUUGGGAUCGCUUCGUGCAUGAAGAUCCAACUAGAAUCGACGAUCUGAGCAGCGGAGAUGUUGCCUGCGACUCCUAUCAUCUGUGGAGGAGAGACAUCGAGAUGGCUGAAGAGCUCGGGCUGCACUUUUAUAGGAUUUCCCUAUCCUGGCCCCGGAUACUCCCGUCUGGUUUUCCCAACCAUAUUAACGAAGCUGGCAUAGCGUACUACAACAACCUGAUUGACGGACUCCUGGAGAAGGGGAUCGAGCCGCUCGUCACAAUAUACCACUGGGACCUGCCACAAUCUCUUCAGGACUUUGGAGGUUGGGCGAAUCCACUCAUCGCAGACUGGUUUGAGGACUACGCGAAAGUGGUGUUCACCCACUUUGGUGACCGCGUAAAGUUAUGGCUAACCAUCAACGAACCCCUGAUCGUGUGUGAUGGGGUUUACAACUCGGAAAAAUUCGCACCUGCCUUCAAAAGCCCUGAAGUUGGGGCUUAUUUGUGCAAUAAAUACGUGAUGCUGGCCCAUGCUAAAGCUUGGAGACUGUAUGAUGCAGAGUUUAAACCUAAGUGUCAUGGUAAAGUUUCCAUAGCGAAUCAAAUAAUUUGGUAUGAACCUACAUCUCCUGAGCACGAGGAUCUUGCUGAACUGGCCAGACAGAAUGUGGGAGGUCGAUACGCCCACCCUAUAUAUUCCAAAGAAGGAGGAUGGCCACCGACGAUAGAGAAAGUUCUAGAAGAAGUCAGCUUGAAGAGAGGGUACCCCAGAACACAACUUCCUCCAUUCACAGAAGAGGAGAUUGAGCUCGUUAAAGGAACUUACGAUUAUUUCGCGUUCAACCACUACACCAGUCGUCUGAUCCGGCCAGCGAAGGAAGGCGAAGAGUUCAGGCCAUGGCCGCUAGGUGACGCUAUCGACCUGAACGCCAUUAUUGAAAAGAAACCAGAAUGGACGCAAGCUUCUUCAUCUUGGUUCUUUGUAAAUCCUGAAGGUCUGCGAAAGGACCUCGUCUGGUUGAAGCAGCAGUACGGAGAUUUGGAGUUCAUGAUCACUGAGAAUGGCCUGUCGAACAGAGGUGGACUGGAUGAUCAGGACAGAGUCCAGUAUUACAGAGAUUAUUUGGAACAAGUUCUGCUAGCGAUCAAGGAGGAUGGUGUUAAUGUGACGGCGUACACCGCGUGGACUCUCAUGGAUAACUUCGAGUGGAUGAACGGAUAUGGGGUAAAGUUCGGUCUAUACGAAGUGGACUUCACAGAUUCGGAGCGCAAGCGCACGCCGCGCGCGUCUGCGCAUUACUACGCUAGCAUUAUUAGGACGCACUCUCUAGAUGUACCUACGACGCAGAAUGAAGUUUAA